AUGGCUGCCCCCGCAGACAGCAACCUCAAGACCCUCAAUGGAGAGUGGACAAUGGACAAAACCCUAUCCAACCCUUCAGAGCCCAUUCUCGAGCUGCAAGGAAUGAGCUGGCUCAUGCGUAAAGCUCUCAGUGUCGCAACAGUUACUCUCUCCAUCCAUGAGUAUCCCGAUGCCGCAGAUCCGUCUUUAUGGCACAUCGACAUCGACCAGACGGUCACUGGUGGCAUCAAAGGUACAACCGAGAGACGCAUCAGUGACAACAAGGUACGAGAGCACGACGACCAUAUCUUUGGCCAUCUCAAAGGUCAGUCGCGGUUUUUCCGGGGAUCCAAGGGCGAGGACGGAAAGGUGCGCCCUUAUACAGAAUUUGAGACCAAGAUCGACGAUCCCCAGGUCUACAAAUUCCUUAGAGGGGAGAUUCUAGCCGACGGAAGUGCAUCCGAGGGCUUUGUUGUUGAGGAAAUCGGUGAAGAGUUUGGCGAGGGAGAGGGGCUCUGGUAUCUCAGCUUCGUGGAGAACCUGGACAGCGGCUGGACUGCCGAGCAGGUUUGGGGUUUCGAGAUCAUUGACGGCAAGCGCUAUUACACUCGCCGUGUUGCUGUCGUCAAGGGCAAAACCUACAAGCUGGCCCGGCUGGUCUACAGCUUCGUAAAGCCACGGACUGAGUAG